AAACUUGGUCAACAAGCCGCCAGUGAAGCAGCUUUCAGCUUCAGCCCGGGACUUCUUCUUCCUCACUUUGGACCGCGGAUUAUCUCUUCAUCUUUACACAACUCGUGCUGCCGGCGGACGCGGAGCUGCUGCGAGAUGCCGCUUCUCCACAGACGAGCCUUCAUCCGGCAGAGACCUCCGGCGGACCUGCGGCCGGACGAGGAGGUCUUCCUCUGCAAGAUCACACACGAGAUCUUCAGGAGCUACGAUGAGUUCUUCGAGCGGACCAUCCUGUGCAACAGUCUGGUGUGGAGCUGUGCUCUGACAGGCAGGGCGGGCCUCACCUACCUGGAGGCAGUGGAGAGUGAGCGGCGGGCGAAACAGAGCCUGCAGAGCUUCCCUCCGUCUUUGCUGGUCCCUCUGCUCCACCUGGCUGCUCUGAGCCGCCGCUGCAGACUGUCAGAGGUCUGCGAGGAUGUCUACGCCUUCGUCAAAGACCGCUUCUUCCCUGGAGAGACGGUGGAGGUCACUGGACGCAAUGGAGCCAGACACGUGUGUGAGAUCCUGCAGGUUCACUCUCCUCACUCCAGCGCCAACGGAACGCCAACUGCUAACGGCCACACCAAACCAGCUGACGGUGACACCAUCGUGAUCAGCGACAGCGACGACGACAGCAAACCCUUCCAGAGUCCCACUGCACAAGUCAACGGGAAGAAGACAAAGGCUCUGAGUCCGUCUGUGUUCAAAUACACAGUGAGGCUGAUGAAGAAAGAACACAAUGAGCCCUUCACUGUGAAAGCCAAUCAGAUCAGUCGCAGGAAGACGAGUGUAUCCAGAGAGAAACUGAAGCUGCUGUUUAAACAACACUGUGAACUUCGCUUUGGGACCGUCACAGUAAAGCCCUCCACAGAGAAGAAGUACCGGCUGUCGGAACAAACCUUCUCUCAGUUCUUCCCUGAUGAGCCCCCCCUGUUCCCCUUCAGCCCCCCCUCUAAAGGUGGAGGCCGGGGCUCACCUGGACAGGCGAACUCGUCGCUGCUGAAGGCGGCAGAGGAGAAGCUGAAGCUGCUGCAGCAGAGGGAGGACAUGGCAGCAGCAGCUCGGGACAAAGCUCGGCUGAAGAAGGAAAAGGAGGAGGCGCAGGAGGCCAAGAGGAGGGAGAGGGAGGACAAAGAGAAGCUGAAAGAGGAGCAGAGGAGGAGAUUUGAGGAGGAGAAACAGAAGAGGAGGGAGGAGAAGGAGCGCAGGAAGCUGGAGAAGGACAGGGAGCGAGAAAAGCUGAAGGAGGAGAAGAAGAAAUACGCUGAGCGACUGAAACUGUGGAACAAACCCAGAGAAGAUAUGGAGUGUGAAGACCUGAAGGAUCUGCCCAGUCCGGUUCCAGUGAGGACUCGUCUCCCAGCAGAGCUCUUUGGUGAAGCACUGAUGGUUCUGGAGUUCCUGCAGGCCUUUGGCGAGAUCUUUGGCCUGAAGGACGAGUUCCCCGAUGGAGUCUCUCUGGAGGUUCUCGAGGAGGCUCUGGUGGGUUCUGAUCCUGAAGGUCCUCUGUGUGAGCUGCUGUUCUUCUUCCUGUCGGCCAUCUUUCAGGCUCUGGACGAGGAGCAGGAGGACUUGGCUAAAGAGCAGGCUGAAGGUGCAGACCUGUCGGAGGCUCUGGACGAUGACUCUGAUGCAACACAGUCAGCUCUCAGUGCUGUCGCUGCAUUGGCUGCUGCCUGGUCCCAGCUGCAUCAGGGCUGCAGUCUGAAGCAACUGGACCUGGACAGCUGCACACUGUCAGAGAUCCUGCGGCUGCACAUCCUGGCAUCUGGCGCUGACUGUUACCACAGCAACGCUAAGUUCCGUUACCAGAAGCAGGGCGGGUUCACACUGAUGGACGACCCGUGUGUUGAGCUGCGUGUGGCCGAGCCGGCACUGCUCAAGAGGCUGACGUGCACCUCAGUGUACGACCUGACGCCAGGAGAGAAGCUGAAGAUCCUGCAGGCUCUGGUGGGGAAGCUGCUGACGUUGGCGUCCAGCAGAGACGUGAUUGAAGACUGUGUGGAGGAGCAGAGAGCCGCCAGACAGGAACUGAGAGAGAUCAGAGCUGAACAGCACCGCCGAGACCGAGAGGAGGCCGCACACAGGGUCCGUCUUCGUAAAGAGGAGAGGCUGAGGGAGCAGGAGCAGAGGCUGAAGGAGAAGGAGGAGAGACUGAAGGAGCAGGAGGAGAGACUGAAGGAGCAGGAAGUGAAGGGAGGACUUCCAACGAACAGUGAGACUCCUGUACAGCAACGCACUGAGGAAGACGAGGAACAAAACUCUUCGUCCAGUGAUAAGAAGACAAAAGCUAAAGGUAACCAGAAAGACAAACAGACAACCUCUGACCCCAAACCUCUGUCCUGCCCCCCCACCAGCCUGACUGCAGAGGAGCAGGAGAAAGAACAGGAGAAGGUUCGAGAGCUGCAGGAGAGGAUCCAGAAGGCGGCGGCCUGCACCUGCCUGCUCCCUCUGGGCAGAGACCGUCUGUACCGCAGAUACUGGCUGCUCCCCUCAGCCUCCACCCUGUUCGUAGAGGACGACUGCUUCGGCCUGACUGAGGACAUGCUGCAGCCACGCCCUGCACAGGACGCCACAACCAAGGUGGAGGAUGAGGAGGGGGUGAAGGAGGAGCCCGCCGAGGGAAGCGCCGGCUCAAGCCCCGCCCCCCUCCAGACCUGUGGGCUGCCAGUCAAACGUCCCAACCAGUGGUCGUUUUACUCCUCGAUGGAAGAGGUGGAUCAGCUGAUCGAGGCUCUGAACCCUCGAGGUCACAGAGAGAGCAGCCUGAAGGAGGCGCUGCUGCAGGAGAGAGACAGACUGACACAGCUGCUGCAGAACUGUGACAGAAAGAAAUACAGCUACACAGAUGACCCGGAGUCAUCCCGAUCUGUCCCAGAAUGCACUGCUGCAGCUGAGACUCUGAUGGAGGGGAGACUUAGAGACCUGCUGCUGGACAUCGAGGACAGAAUCCACCAGGGAACUCUGGGAACUCUGAAGGUGAUGGACAGACAGGUGUGGCGCUCUGCACUGCAGGCAGGAAACUACGAGCUGCUGUGUUCUGACGGCAAAGAGAACGGAGGGAUGAACGGACGAGUGGAACCCAUGGAGGUGGACUCACCUGCCCAGCUAAGAGCCAGAGACAGACUGCAGGAGCUGAAGUGUGACAGUGUGGCGGCGUGCAGCGGCAGUGGGACUCCUCAGGUGGUCAGCAGCUCGAUACGAAUCCUGGCUCAGGCCCUCGGUCACAUCGAGCAAGGCAUCGAGAGGCGCUUCCUCAAAGCUCCGCUGGGUGACGAAGACUCAAAGAAAGACCAGAAGACAAAGAAGAACAAGAAGAAAGACGAGGACCAGGCCAGUGAUGAUGGCAGUGACAGCGGUCGUGUCAUUAAGACAGUGUUGGAGCGAUGGAGGGAGUCCCUGCAGUCCUGUUCAAGUCUGUCUCAGGUGUUUGUCCACCUGUCCAGUCUGGAGCGAAGUGUCCUGUGGUCUCGCUCCAUCCUCAACGCUCGCUGUCGCAUCUGCAGACGCAAAGGAGACGCCGACAACAUGCUGCUGUGUGAUGGCUGCGACAGAGGACACCACACCCACUGUCUGAGGCCUCGUCUCAAGUCGGUUCCAGAGGGCGACUGGUUCUGUCCAGACUGUCGACCCAAACAGAGAUCCAGCCGCCUCCCGUCCCGUCAGCGCUCUUCUAUUGACGAAGAGGAGGAGGAGGAAGGAGAGGAGGAAGAACAGGAAGAUGAGGAGGAGGAUUCAGAAGAGGAAGAGGAGGAGUCAGAGGAAGAAGACGAGUCAGAGGAGGAGGAGGAAGAAGAGGAGGAGGAGGAAGAAGAAGAAGUGGUGACCGCCAAGAAGAGCGUGGCCCCGCCCUCUAAAGGCAAGAGUCAACCGACCACGCCCAAAGGUCAACAGGCCCCGCCUCCUAAAGGCAAGAGUCAACAAACCACACCCAAGAACAGCGCCGCCGCCGCCUCCACAGGGAAAAACUCAUCAGCAUCUAAGUCCUCAGGUAAGAAGACCACACCCCCCACAGCCAAGGCCAGCACGUCUGCAGGUAAAGCUUCAGCCUGCUCUGGGAGUCGAAGCAGCGCCCGUCUGAGCCAAGAGAUCCUGGCACCAAACGGCAACACCAAAACUUCACCUGGUCAGAGCGAGGCCCGCAAGAGACCACUAACAGAUGUGGCUCCUCCUCCUAAAACUUCCAAACCUAUCCUCCCCCCUUCAUCAUCAUCAUCAUCCUCCUCGUCAUCAUCCAGCCGACGAUCCUCCGGUAGGAACCAUGGCGUCCACGAGUUUUCCGCCUGCGAGCAGCUGACCGUGGAGCUCGUCAGACAUGAAGACAGCUGGCCCUUCAUGAAGCUGGUGUCCAGGACUCAGGUCCCUGACUACUAUGACAUCAUCAAGAAGCCGAUUGCUCUCAGCACCAUCAGAGAGAAAGUCAACAACUGUGAAUAUCAGACAGCAGCUGAGUUCAUCGCUGACGUGGACCUGAUGUUCUCCAACUGUCUUCAGUAUAAUCCUCGUCACACUAACGAGGCGAAGGCGGGACAUCGCCUGCAGCAGUUCUUCCAAUCAGAGCUCAGCAAGCUCGGUCUAUCAGAGCGCAGCCCGGCCCCGCCCGCCAAACGCUCCCGACACUGAACCAAACGCACCCCUCUGACCUCACCGCCGUCCACUGCUGAUUGGUCCAGGGACGAGGCAUGUUCCCUCCCGAUGCUCCUUCAUGACCUUUGACCCCCGUCACCUGUCGGUCAGAACCAGCUGACAAUCAAAACGUUGCAUCAGCGACAUGACUGCAGAGUUCAAAGGUCAUGAAGUCCAAAAUUAAAACACCUUCGUAGACUCUGAGCUCACCUGGUCUGUCAGACCAAAUAAAGUUACAGUCUGGAAUCUGAGCUCACCUGAGAUGGACCCUUAUUUCCUUUCACCUGAUGACAUCAUCACAUGAUCACAUGACCUGGCGCUUCAUCCUUUAAAAACCAAACCCUGUGUUAAAGUUUCACUGUGAGUUCAUGAAACUGUAGAAAAGUUGUGGAGUGUGUUUCCUGCGACCUGCUGACAUUCAGGGCAUUAACUUCCUGUUUGUGUUUGUGGACAGACGGACAUGUAGCAGACAUUCCUGUGGUGCUGUAGGACAGUAGAGACAAUAGAGACAGGGACAGUAGAGUCCACUCAGUUAGAAAAGUAAAAACCACUAAACAGAGUUCAGCUUUGCACUGACAAUUUAAAAAAAAAAAAAACUCCCAUCAGGCUGUUUGUUUUUCGCUCAGGGACAAAAAAAAAUUUGAUUUGAAUAAAAAGAUAUUUUCUAACAGUGCAGCUGGUUUUUACUGACACAGAGCAUCACCAUGGCAACACGGUUUCAGGCUAAAUAUCAAACCUAAAAUUAAAAUAUGUGCACGUGAUGCGUUCACCGAAAGAAAAUCAUCUCCAGCUGUUAAUGAGCCUUAAAGGGACGGUUCACAACCUCCUCAUCUGUCACUCAUGCCUCAGGAUGACCUUAGCUUAGCUUAGCUUAUAGCUUAGCUUAGCUUAGCAUUGAGACUGGAGCACAAGGCAUGAGAUGAUGUAGAGAGUAAAAAAUAUGGAACUGUCCCUUUAAAAGCCUGAGCCUGGGGCCUCUGUGGAUUUGUAGUUUUUGUAUUUUUGACUACUGCAAUGUUUUCCCGCUUUAGGCUGUUUUUGUUUGACUCCUUCUUCUGUGGUGUUAGUGUGACUGCUGCAGCUCAGUCAGAGUGCGUGUGUGAGCGUGUGGUUGUAUGAGUGUGUGCGUGUGUGUGUGCAGCUGUACACUACACUGGAGCCGCUGCAUAUUUAUUUAGUUGUGAGUUUUCUUUAUUUAUGACUGAUAGGCGCUUCCUGAUGCUGUUUGUUGUUCUCAUGUAAAAAAUAAAUGGACUUUUAUAACCA